CUAUCCAGUCCCUUUGCAAUCUCCCUCUUACCUCGUAGGCUUCGAUCCAACGACAAACCCCCCCAAGAUGGCAUCUGGCUACGAUCUGGAGGUGACUGUAGAGUCCGCCCACGGCCUCAAGAACGUGAACUGGCGCCACGGCCCGCUCCGCCCCUACGCCGUCCUCUGGGUCGACCCCAACAACAAGCGCUCAACCAUGGUCGACGACGAGGGCGGCACGUUUCCCGUCUGGGGCCAGACCUUCGUCCUGCCCUUCACCCCCGUCGUCAUCGAGGACGCCACCCUCUACAUCGACGUCGUCCACGCCGGCUCCGAGCAGGACACCAAGCCCUUGAUCGGAUCGGCUCGGCUCAAGGUCCGCGACGUCCUCGACGAAGCCGACUUCGGCGAAACUCGCUGGCGCAGCCUCCAGCUGAAGCGCCCCUCGGGCCGGCCGCAUGGCAAGGUCGAGGUCGAGGUCUGCGUGUGGGAGCCGCGUUAUCGUCCGCCCAACCAUUACGGUGCGCCUCCCUACUGGGUUCCGCCGGCGUACGGCUACCCUUGUGCGCCUCCGGCUGGUGGCUACGCCUACGUCACGAACAAUCCGCAGCUGCUGGAGUAUGGAUACGACGGGGAGCUGGCGGCGGCGUACGGGCAGGAGGAGGAGGAGGAGGAGAAGAGCAACUUGGAGGGGAUAGGGAAGGUAUUUGCGGUGGGCGCGGUGGUGGGGGCUCUCGGUGGACUCGUCCUCGCGGGGUGGUUGGGUUCCAAGAUCGUGGAUGGUGAUGGCGGGGCUUGGGUUCAGUGCGGCUCGGGUUGCUACAAUUCCCGCCCCGAGCCGAUACUUGUUGGGUACGUGCUCCAUGAGACCCGCAACCCGCCCCGAGCCGAAUACUCUGUUCGGGUCUGGGUUGUGGCUCUUUUUGUCUUGCUCUGUUUUGCUCUUUUCCUGGCCCGUGUGUAGUGUGGUGCUUCGGGCCUGGUUUGUGGCUCUUUUUGUCUUGUCUUGUUUGCCCCGUAUGGGGUGUGGUGCUUCGGGUCUGGGUUGCGGCUCUUUUUGUUCCGUCUAGUUUUGUUCUUUUCCUGGCCCGUAUGUAUAGGGUGGUGGUGCAUCGGAAGUAAGUUUUCUUUUACCAUUUCUGCCGAACCAUCAGCAAUAAUGCUUCUUUUUCCAGGAACUUUCAUCCCCAUUGUAUCACUAAAUGCCAAACAUAUGAAAAGAUGGGGUUGAGUUUCAGCACAAA